CGCUUCUCCACCCCUGACAAGAGAGAAGCUUUGACAUUCACACUGGCCUCCUGCACCUGCCGCUUUGGAGCUCAAAUACGGCAUUCAGGACUGUGUCAGCGCAAAUAUCGAUCUUUGAACACGGCUCAUAGUUCCAUUAUGCCCCCCUCAGAAACCAUGACGGCGUCCACCGCAUCGCGCAUCAAGCUCACUGAUUUGCCCGUCGAGCUCCUGCGCAUGAUCUGUACCGAAUUCUCAUGGUACCACAAAUCAACUCCUGUCAACCCCCCCGGGUGUGUCAGCUCUCUGCUGGCCCUUUCGUUGACGUGCCGACGCCUCUGCUCGCUGGCCCAGCCCUUGCUGUACUGCGACCCAGUCAGCGCCGCUGCCUUCGAUUUGAACGAAGAACUGUCGCCGUUCCCACUUCUUCGGACCCUUGUGGAUCGUCCGGAUCUCGCAGCCUGCGUGCGACGCCUAGGACCGGUUUCCGACGAGGUGUACGGCUUUGACGAGGAAGAGCUUGAGUUCUGCAAAGCCACCGCUCGCCGAUUGCAACUAUCGCUGCCAAAUGACCCGAUCUCGCCUGUCUUGACGAUGACAGAACGCGCUCACAAGCAUCAAGCCUGUAUUGCCAGUUGUUCUUGGCUAUCUCGCCAAACAUCGAAACAGCAGUCAUCGAAAUCGAGGGCACAGACCUGUCGGACUUUGAGCCAUCGUUCUUUGCCUUGUGCAUGCGAGUAACGUCGCUGAAGGAGGCGGGUCUGUUCCCUAAUCUUCGGCGCGUCACUUUCGAAACCCUCUUCUCCCAAACACUCAGUCUGGAGUCGGCGGCAGUCUUGCUUUUGCUGAGCAUGGCCCCCUCACUGACACAUCUACGAUUUCGUCAGGCUGUGGGAAACGCGAAUGACUACCCCGACUCGGAUGGAACGGUUGAGUUUCAACCCCCCAUCCUGUGGAACUUGCGCGUUCUUGAGCUGGCUAGCAGUGCAUUCAUGAAGAGCGAAUGGCUGCAUCUCAUCAAGCUGAUUGCGCACUGCCCAAGCCUUGAAUCUUUUCACUUUGACGCGAAUGGAUAUGACGAUGAUGUCGGCUCUCGCCGGCAAGCGCAUCUGCCUCCUCGGCACUUUCUAGUUGCUCUUAAAUUUGUUCGCAAGACACUGCGGCACCUUCACCUCUGCUUUGCCAACGCUGCCUUCGCUUCGGAUGAGACGCAAACAAUCGGCGCCGAGCUACUUGCAUUUGAAAAUUUGGAGACUCUGGAGCUGGACGUUGCAUCGUUUACUUCCCCUCGUGGAGACCCUCUCGAAGACGAUGCAACUUGCUUGUCUCGGAUCCUCCCGGCCAGUAUACGUCGCCUGCGCUUGAUUAUGCUUAGCACGAAGCGCUCACAGGUUCAGUCGCAAAUUCUGGACCUCGCCAAGGCUGCUGGCGCUGGAAGAUUCGCCUCAUUACGCCGGGUAGAGCUCCAUGUGCCGUGGAGGGACACUUCCGGACCCGAUGAUGAAGGCUUCAUUGAGAGAACUGGAUGGAAAAUGGAGCAGUUGGUUGAUGCUAGAAAUGAGCUUGCGAAAGCUGGAAUCACCUUGACAUGCAUUACUGCAUUGCCAGCAUUUGGCCUGUGGUAGUGUGUCACAGUCUGCUUGGGACCGGUUUGGUUGGCUAAUACUUGACUUGCCUGUCGUUAAGUUUUCUCGGCGCUGCGGCUCCAAUUUGCUACUGUGAGGUUUACAUACUGCCGGCGCUUUAAAAAUUCAUUAUACCUA